AACCAGAGUGAUGAUGGGAGCACUUUUUCAAGAAACCUGCAGAUGAUGCGAAGGAAGAAAAAUCGGUUAGCAGCACAGAAAUGUCGAGAGAAGAAGAAAGAACGGAUCCGAAUUUUGGAAGAGGAAAUCAAGUCACUAAUUAAAGAAAAUUAUAGUUUAAAACAGACAAAUUAUGAAUUAGGAGAAAAAUUGGCUGAACAAGAAAAGAAACUGGAGGAAGCCCAAUGUUACAUCCGUUCCACAGAUCGUAGCCAUCAUAUAGAAAAUACAUAUCAAGUCUACCACAAUAAACAGCAGCAGAUUUUAGCAGCACCAAAUACCCUCAGCAAGAAUACGAUAACUGAUAAUGUUUCUUACGGACAUCACAGGCACCAUAAUUCUAUGGCACCCAAUAAUUUUCUGACAAAUUUCAUAGAUUGUUUAUAAAUAAAUAAACAAUCAAACAAACCAAAAAUGGAACAUUAAUUUAGAGAAUAAAACAAGGAAUGAACACCCCACCCCAUACAUACAUACAUACACAUAUAUAUAUUUGAAAAAA